AUGCCGGCAAAGCAGUGUACUGACGGUUCGGAUGAUACGUACAGAACUGGCACAGCAAGCCUCCACACCGCCCUCUCAAGACUUGGCUAUCGAGUAUAUCAUUUCUCCGAACUCGUGCGGAACGGCAGGCGAGAUAUGGAUCUCUUGCAUGAGGCUUUGGUACUCAAACACAGGCGUGACGGCGAUAAGGACGAAAGACAGCUGUAUGGACCACAGGAGUUCGAUAAGAUCUGGGGAAAGUAUGAUGCUGUUGGUGGUCUUCCUGGCUUUGCUUUCGUUGAUGAACUCGUGGCGUACUAUCCUCAGGCACAAUUUAUCAUGACUGAUCGGAAUGUCGACUCUUGGGCGCGUGCGAUGAGGGCGACUUGUCUGGUGGAGGUUGGCUCGUGGUCUUGGUACUUCCGAUCUUGGUACGAUAGCCAGCAUGCGAGCCCGCUCAGGCGACUCAUCCAGGCUUGGAUACACCAGCUCUGCCGUUCCGACUUUGGAGACGAACUGAGGGAGGCGUACAUCGAUCACGUCCAGCAUUGCCUCAAGAUCAUUCCCAAGGAAAAGCUGCUUAUAAUGAGAUUUGGACAGGAGUCCGAUUGGCAUGAUCUCUGCGACUUCUUGGGAAAGACAGUGCCUGAUAUGCCUUAUCCAGUCGUUGAUGAUGAGCUUGAAGUUCUUCAAACUCAAGGUCAAACAUGGCUUCCUCAGUCCAGAUUGGCCUUUGGAAAGGCGGUUGCAUUCGCGCUUGGAGCUGUCUUGACAGCCGCUUCAUGCUGGCUCCUCAUCGAAUGA